CCCUUAAUGCAUACAAAGGAUACGUUCUCACGUCCAAUCAGUGACCACACAUGGAUCUGAGUAACUAAACAUUCGCCAUUCAGCUUAAAGACUGCCCACAGUCUCUCUAAUCCUAUUAAACCAAUUGGGUACAACAUCUACAAAAGCUAUUGAUGUAAUCAUGAGAUCGGUGCAGACUCAGAUUCAACUAAAUGUGGUGUCAUGCAGGGAAACAGCUGAGUAGUUGUUUUUUCCUUGUCAGUGCAGAAGCGUCGAAACAACACAACAUCGGUCCAGAAGUGUUGGUGGGAGGAAAACUGAUUUAAAGAGACAGGAGGCAGCAGAGGAGAGCUGUAAACCCACUCAAGAGAUUAGUGUCCACAUGUCCCUGCAGCAGGAACACAGUCCGACUUUGUAAACCUCCGUGUUGAGUCUGUGGUGGAGUACUUGUGGUGGGAGGAUCGUUACAGAAGCUUAUUCACUCCUCAUGCACGCUCCGCUGCUGCUACUGCUGCUGCAGGUCUGUGAGAGGGCAGGGUGUGCAGCAGUUCUCUGAGAGGUGACCAAAGGCUGCAAACAAAAUGCCAGGAGAGGGAUUCACCAUCAAAAGUCGGAUCAGGAAUUUGCUUCGUUCACCAUCUAUUAAACAAAGGACAUGGAAGACCAGGAAACAGGAUCUCAGCAGGGUGACUUUAGAGAAGGUGCUGGGAAUCACUGCAUCAGGAAGCUGUGGUCUGGCCUGUGACCCCCGAUCCGGACUGGUGGCAUAUCCUGCUGGGUGCGUGGUUGUCUUGCUGAACCCCAAAAAGAACAGACAGCACCACAUUAUCACUUCAAGGAAGACCAUCACAGCUCUUUCCUUCUCCCCAGAUGGAAAGUACUUAAUCACAGGAGAGAGUGGUCACCUCCCCGCGGUGAGACUGUGGGACGUGGCAGAGCGGAGGCAGGUGGCAGAGCUCCAGACGCACAAAUAUGGCAUCUGCUGCGUGGCUUUUUCCCCUAACGGGAAAUACAUUGUCAGUGUGGGGAACCAACAUGACAUGAUGGUCAACGUCUGGGCCUGGAAGAAAGAUGUUGUGGUGGCCUCCAACAAGGUGUCCAGUAAGGUGACUGGUGUAUCUUUCUCAGAGGACAGCUCCUACUUUGUAACUGUGGGGAACAGACAUGUCAAGUUCUGGUAUCUGGAACACUGCAAGGCCAGCAAGGCCAGUGCUCCUGUUCCUCUGCUGGGCCGCUCUGGGCUGCUGGGAGAACUGAGAAACAACUUCUUCUGUGAUGUUGCCUGUGGUCGAGGCUCUACGUCUGACUCCACCUUCUGCAUCACCUCCUCCGGCCUGCUGUGUGAGUUUGACAGCAAGAGGAUGCUGGACAAAUGGGUGGACCUACGGACGGGCGUGGCUCAGUGUUUGUCUCUGUCAGAGGACUUGAUCUUCUGUGGCUGUGCAGAUGGAAUGGUGCGUGCCUUCAGCUCAGUUGACCUGCACUUCGUCUGCACGCUGCCGCGGCCACAUCCUCUCGGCACUGACGUCUCAGCCGUCACGGAAGCCAGCCAUCUAUUUUCCACCAAGACAGACGCUCGUUACCCAGAUGCCAUUGCUGUCACCUAUGACCCAGUCAGCCACUGGCUCAGCUGUGUUUAUAAUGACCACAGUCUUUACGUGUGGGAUGUGAGGGAUGUCAACAGGGUGGGGAAGGUGCACUCUGCUCUCUUCCACGCUGCCUGUGUCGGAGACUUGGAGAUAUUUCCAGAUGUUUCUGGAGAAUUUGGUGCUGGUUUGGCAUCCGGUGCGUUCCUCACUUGCUCAGCUGAUAACACCAUCAGACUGUGGCGCCCAGACGACUGGACUCACUCUCCAAAUAUCAUCAGCAGUGAUCUUCUGAAAGUAAUCUACAUCGAUGGAAACACUAGUGCCUUGUUAGAUCCAGAAUGCAUAACUAGUGUGAACACAGAAAAAGCUGAUGGACAGACAGCAGAGAACAGGACAGGCAUCAGGACCAUCUGUGUCAGUCCUGACGGCAAACAUCUGGCAUCUGGAGAUCGCAAUGGGAUGCUGAGGGUUUAUGACCUGAACAGCAUGGAGGCGGUUCUUAAAGUGGAGGCCCAUGAUGCUGAGAUCCUCUGUCUUGCAUAUAGUAAACCAGAAACAGGCUUGAAGCUGCUGGCCACAGCGAGCAGGGACCGUCUGAUCCACGUUUUGGAUGCAGAGGAUGACUACAGUCUGGUGCAGACUCUGGAUGAGCACUCUUCAUCCAUAACAGCCGUCCGCUUUGCUGCUAAUGAUAACAAGGUGAGGAUGAUCAGCUGUGGAGCAGACAAGAGCAUUUAUUUCCGCACUGCACACAAGACUGACAGAGGAACAGAGUUCAGGUGUUCCCAUCACAAUGUGAGGAAGACCACACUGUACGACAUGGGGGUAGAUCCUACUUCCAAGUAUGCUGCUGUCGCCUGUCAGGACCGCUGCAUCAGGAUUUUCAACAUCAGCAGUGGCAAACAGAAGAAACUCUACAAGGGAUCUGUGAGUGAGGAUGGCAGUCUGCUCAGGGUUCAGCUUGAUCCAUCUGGUCAAUAUGUGGCCACCAGCUGCUCCGAUAAAAACAUCAGCAUCUUUGACUUCUUCACAGGGGAGUGUGUCGCCACCAUGUUUGGACACUCUGAGGUUGUUACUGGGAUUAAGUUUACCAAUGACUGCAAGCAUUUGAUCUCUGUGUCAGGCGACAGCUGUAUCUUUGUGUGGAGGCUGGCUCCAGAACUGACAAUCAGCAUGAGAGAGAGGCUCUGCCAGCUCCGACAAAAUCAAAACACAUCACCUGGAAAGACCUCCAGCCUCAGGCGAGAGGUGUACAGCGCCCCCACUCUGGGUGGUCUGUCCUCUGACAGUGACCGUGAGCAUGAGGACGAGGACGGGCCAGAGCAUGACAACCAGAUCGAUUCAGAGGACAUCGCAACGAAUACUUCCUCUGACAGCAGCCACGGAGAGGAGGACACAGGUUGCUCGGAUGAAGGACAGGAUUGGACGCUGACAAAGCAUGUCGAUGCUAGCCAAGCUACUCCAAACCCCGCUAAGCGUCCACGGCGGCGCUGGUCUAAUCGUAUGGGCUCUCUGGAGGUGAUGGUAAAGUCCAUGUUGGAUCUGAGGCAGCUGGACUCCUUUUCUCAUAAGAAGAACCCCAACCCUAUCCGUCAAGACCGAGAGAGACAGAGCACAUCCAGCCUCCAGGAGCCAGAGUUAGAAGAGAGAGCCAAGAGGCUCUGGCCUUGGCCCCAUGAAGACUGGCUGUCCUCCCACCCAUCCAAGGGCAUCAGGGGGACUGAUGGAGGCGUGUUGUACCCCGAAGAGAAAAAGAGCCAUACCAGUCUACAGAGCAGUGAAUACAAGGUGAAGGAGCAGCACUGCAGGAUGCAGAGUCGAGGGAUUCACAGUCAGGGCCAGGAGAGCCGCAGCCCAGACAGCGCCUGCUCUCUGGACUAUGACAGCAGAGCGUCAAGCCCAGACCAGCUUCAGGAUGAUUCUGCUGAUGUAGAGUCCCUGAGCCCAGACAGCUCUGAUGAGGAAGACACGGAGGAAGAGGAGCAAAAGGCAGAAUUGACGAGUAUGGACGAGGCUCUGAGGACAGUGACUGACACUGCUGAGCGCAGCCAAGAAAAUUUCCUCAAGCAAAACUUUGAAACACCGCAAGAGAGCUCCAGUAUCGCUGAGCAGAGCAGAGUCCCCAGGCUCAGUAUGUCUUCACGCUUCCUUGCCAGAGGACAUAAUAACAGGGCCGUGCCCCUGUUUGCCAAAGUGCAAGGAAAGGAACAGGGCUGCAACUCUGCUAAGCCCCCUGUGUCCAAAGUUCGGCCUAUGAUGGAUGAUAGCCAAAGCAGAAACACGGAAGACAAGACCCCCGUGUCCCCCAGCAGGAUUGCGGAACCGAGCAGGGUCAGUUCACCGAAGGCAGAGAGUGCUCCGACCCUCAGACUCUUAAAGAAGAGAGGGUCCCACCUGUGGAGGUUAUCCACUCCUCCAAUCAGAGCUCCUCCUACGUUUGACAGAGAGUCAUGUUUGCAGAAAUCUCACUCUGUUCAGAACCUGAUCUCUGACGCUCUACACUCACCAGAGCCCUCUAGUGACCAAAGUGAGUUGUGCAAGAGACCUCAGCAGCUCUUCCUGGAUCCCAGCACUUCCAGACCUUCCUUCCACUUGUCUUCCCCUUCCUCUGGCUCCCCACAGUCUCCUCCUUCCCCUCUGCCCUGGGAGAGCCCCAAACUCAAGCCCCAGCUCUCCUACAUGAGCCCCACUGCCAGCUCCACAGCCAAAAGCAGCCGCUCCUCCUCACUGGGAGAGGGCAUCAAUAUUAGCUCUCCACCUUGCUCCCCCUCCUUCGCCAAAGGCAGGAGGUCAUGUGGCGAGGUGGACACCCAAGCUCCUCUUCUCACUUCAUCUCCCAUCACAGCUUUCCCCUCCACUGCCUCGUCCACAUCGUCUCUUUUCUCAUGUCCCCAGUCGAACAGUCCGUCCCCAACUCAUCCCCAUCCCAUGGCUGCAGUUUCACCUACUCCUUUCAUCCAGAACCUCCCGCUAUCUCGGAUCCCACUUCCAAAGCAGCCUCUCAGCCCACGACGCAGCCUCUGCCUGGACGUGAUUCCUAGCUCUAGUUGCUUUGGAGGCUCGGCAAAGGGUUCGAAUCCUGCAAUAAACUCUGGAUGUGACACUGCAGCUACACCAGGACACAGAGCACUGGGCAGGCGGCUCUCUCUAAGUGUGGAUCCAUCUGUUCCAAGUACAAUCCGAGUCAAGUCGAAAAGAGGUUCAGUUUCAGAACUAGCCAAGGAGUCAGCACAGCCGACUACAACCAAAGAGUGCCCUCUGGUGCCUGAACAGACCCACACACCCAGCACUGACCCCCAGCCAGAUCUCUCCAUCACUGUGGAAACUUGUCAGCAGGCUGUUUCUGAGCUUCACAGCAGUCUGAGGAAAACUGUCAUGCUCUAUACUAAGGUGCUACAAUGCAACCUGCAGCCCAGCGAGGGUCAACAAGAAAUGAGGAGCCUCCUGUCUGAAAGUCUGUUCACUGUGAAAGCUGAGUUGGACUCUCUGCCUCACCCUCCCUCCUCCCCUAUGCACGAAGGACUCCGACUGGACCAAGGAACCAAAGUGGAGGGGGAGAAAGCUCUGGCUCUGCUGGAGCAGUACGCUGAGCUGCUGCUGAAGUCUGUAGAGAGGAGACUGGACACCAAGACCUGAUGAGACAGACUGAUAUGUGCGUGUGCGUGUGCGUGUGUGUUUGUGUGUGUGUGUGUGUGUGUGUGUGUGUGUGUGUGUGGGUGUGUGUGUGUGUGUGUGUGGGUGCGUGCGUGCGUGCGUGCGUGUGGGUGUGAGACAUACCCAUGAAAACCAGACUCAUGUACACACAGCAGCACUGAGAAUCACACCUUUUUAAUUUGCACUGAGAACUUUAUUUAUGUACUGAAUGCAGAUGAGAUGAUAUAUUUGUAGAAGCUGACAGAGGUGAAUGUUUGAGUAUAAUGCACUAAAAAAAGAAAAAGUUUGAAUUGUUGCCUUCUUUUCAUACUACUGCUCUUCUUUAUCUGGUUCUUUCUUUUUUAAAUCAAAAGUAGCAGAUCUUAAUUACGACAAAGGAAGACACCACAAGGUUAAAGAUGAGAUAGGUUAAGAUUUACUUGAAAAAAUCUGUGUUUGGUUCCCCAAAUUCCUCAUUACUGUUUAAGUCAUUGCAUUUAGUGUCAAGCAUCCCUAGCAUCCUCUGGAGGGCUCAUUAUUACUUUAAUUUUUUCUACUGUUAAUGCUUUCCCAGCAGUAAGGCUGUAAAAAUAUACCUAUAGGUGUCAUUAGAGACACUGGAGAGCUAUACAUUUCUAAAAGGUUUUUCUAUUCUAUGAAAGUGCUCAGCGUUUUCCUAAAAAUAUGUCUAUUGACUUGGGAGGUACUUUAUCCCUGUGUAGCAUUCAUAUUCUGUCUGAAUAUGUUUAUGAGGUAUUCAAGGGAUCAUCCCCCUGAAGUGAGGUCGAGUAUAAUGCAUAAUAUUUAGCCAGAGGUUUUUACUCAGAUGAAGCUUUUGUUGGUCGAGUAAUGACCCUCAGAAUUUUAUGUCCGCCGGCGUAUGCUUUAAUAACCAGAUGAAUAUUCAGUCAGUUUAGGUUUUGUUCUUUUUCUUUUUUGCUAACAGUGUCUCCAUAAUAUCUAUGUCUUUUGAUUACUCGUAAUAGCUCUGUUUAAAUGUAAGUCCACACUUUGUGUAGCAGCUGGUUUUUAUGACAAACUUCCUGAAAGAGAUUACACUUCUUUUUAAACUUGUAAAAAUAUAAAGAAUUAAAUA